UCGACGCAACGGCUCGUGUGCGCGCGGACCGUGGGAUGCAUGUUCCUAUACACGAACAUACAUGCAUGUGACGCGCGAUCUGAUGCAUCCGAGCCAGUGAUAAGUGCAGCAUCGAAAUGGAAAGUGACAAUCGCGUGUUCGCCGAGCUGAAACUUUACAAAAGCUCUGUUGACCGGUUUGCUCAAUUCGCGCUCGUUUUCGACGGCAUGCUAUUCUUCGCUAUCCUAUAUUUGUUUGUCUAUAUAAUCGGCCGUCAGAUUUAGAGGUUAGGUGACCCUUGGCCUUCCUCCGUCGACGGAGUCCGUCGCAAAGCAUAGUAACCAAGCCAAGAAAAUUAACAACACAAGCUGAAUGACUCUCGUGGCGGAGUGUGACGUAAUGGAAAUCGACGAGGGAAUUGUUCGCAAACGGAGCAUUCGAAGUUACCUGCAACGUAUACCGCAACAUAUAUCGGAGUCUGUCGAACACUUCUUUUACGGACUUGGGUUAAAGAUAGCACGGCGGCCACUGAAAUGGCUUAUCUGUAGUAUCGUGAUAGUUUUAAUUUCUCUUUCUGGUUUGCACUCCUUUCACCAAGAGAAAAACCCCAUGAGACUAUGGAUUCCACAAGACUCAGACUUUGUUCGGGACACAGAUUGGAUGAUCGAUCAGUUUGGGCAAGGCCUGAGACUGGAAAGCAUGAUUUUAACAGCUGACAAUGUGUUACAGCCAGAGAUCCUCAUAACACUCAAUGAGAUAUUAAAACAAGUGGUCGCUUCACAAACUCCUGACCAUAUUGCAUGGACAGAUGUGUGCUUCAAAGUACCUGUUAUAUCAGGUAUUGCAAGGAGACCAAAGCGUAAUAAGGAGUACGAUGAUUUUUUUGACAUGGAACCCGAGUCACAAAUCAAUAAAACAACUUUUGAACCUGCGGUUCAUGCUGAUCCUGAAUUAUAUUGUAAUAUAGUUAAUAAUUUGCCAGAAGCUUGCCUUUUAAGUAGUCUAGUGGAUAUUUGGGACUAUGAUAGUAAUGUUAUUCUACAAAAAUCUAUUGAAGAGAUUAUAAAGGAUGUAAAUAGAGCCAAAGUUAGUCCCACCCUAGGGCAUCCUAUGAAUUUCACAAGCUUAUUAGGUGGGAUAACAAGAGAUCAACAAGGUAAAGUCAUAUCAGCAAGAGCUGUAAAGACACAAUGGGCAGUACACAUCAAUUUUUCAAAAGUGGACAUGGAUAACUUUGGCAACGAUGUUGGAACAGCUGAUUGGGUAAGAGUGACCUAUGCUACAGAUGAAGUUUUCAAAUGGGAAUCGUCCUAUCUGAAUAUAUUGCAUAAAAAUGCGAAACUGUUGAACAAUAAAAAAGAUGAAAACCAUACCAUGGCCAUUUGGUAUGAAGCUGGUAGAAGUUUCGGGGAUGUUACAUAUGUGACAAUGUUUGGACACAUGGAUAUACUGUCCAUAGGAUUCAUUUUGAUGUUCUUCUAUGUUCUAGUCAUAUUUUCCGAUUACAAUUGGGUAGGGUGGCGAAUUUACCUCACGACCGUCGGUCUCCUGUGCGUGGGCGGCGCAUUUAUAACUUCAAUUAGCGUAUGUUCAGUACUCGGUAUACCUUACGGACCAGUGCACACUUCGUUACCGUUUCUUUUAUUGGCUCUGGGAGUAGACGAUAACUUUCUGAUAAUGGCGUCUUGGAAGGAAGUACACGCACACGAGUCGAACAGGAAGAAGCCAUUGGAAGAGAGGAUAGCUUUAAUGUUAGGACACGCAGGGUCAGCGAUUACUAUUACCUCCCUUACCGACGUUGUUGCAUUCGUAAUCGGAGCAUCGACGAUAUUGCCGUCCCUUCAGUCAUUUUGUAUAUACGCAGCAGUCGGUGUGCUAUUGACAUUUUUACUGCAAAUCACGUUCUAUGUUGCCUUUUUCACCCUGGACGCUAAACGAAUCGAGAAUAAGAGGAACUCGAUACUCCCUUGGAUCGUGCACGAGAACUUCGCUCAGAAGUUCGUUAGCUCGCAAGAGGAGCCUGCUUCCAAGUUCAUCACGAAAUUGUACACGAACGUGGUCUUAACGUUACCUGGGAAAAUACUGAUAGUAUUAGUGACCAUUGCCGCUACAUCAGUGGGCGUUAUGGGCAUAUUAGAGCUACAGCAGUGGUUCGACCCAGCUUGGUUCAUACCGAGCAGCUCGUAUUUAAGCAAGUACUACAACGUGCACCACCGCGAGUAUCCCAACCGCGGCUUCGAAGCGAUCAUUCUCAUGGGAGAGUUCAAUUACACUGCCGAGUUCCCGAAAUUAAUGAACCUGACGGAAACGUUUGCUAAUUUAUCGACGGUGCAGAGCUUGAAUCCGUGGCCAAGCGACUUUAGAAACUUCGUCUCUGAGUACUAUUUAAAAGAUUUGAGGUCCACGACGCUUAACGAUACCGAGUUUAACGAUUACUUAUCGAAGUUUUUAUUUAGUCAAAACGGUGGCAAGUAUCAGAGAAACAUCCGCUUCAAGGGAGAGCUGGAGUGCGGUAAAAUUGCACCGCCGAUCCUAGCUAGCACCAUAGACUUUGUCUUCAAGCGAUUCUUCACUCCUCAUCAGUGGAUCCCGGCGAUGGACGAAAGUGUCCAGGUGGCUCGGGAUGCUGGGAUUGAUGGGUUCGUCACUGUUUGGAGCGAAGUGUUCAGCCUCUGGACCACGGACAAAUUGAUCUCUCAAGAGGUCCUACGCAACGUUUUGCUGGCGUUGAUCUGCGUGAUGGCAAUGACAGCGUUGCUGAUCGCCGAGAUACAGACUUGCUUCUGGAUCUUCUUGUGCGUUCUUCUCACGCUGCUGAAUGUCUGCGGGUUCAUGUACUUUUGGGGGCUGACGAUAGACAUCGCAUCUUGCAUCGGUCUCGAGUUGGGCAUCGGAUUGUGCGUAGAUUACGCGGCUCAUGUCGCCCACGCGUUCGUGCACGCUGCGUCUGAGACCGGGGGCGAGGAUCGCACAAAGAGAGCGCACAUUGCCGUGAGAUACAUAGGUGCAGCAGUUGCUUAUGGUGCUGGGUCCACGUUGCUGGCGCUCUCGAUGAUGGCGUUCUCCGAGAGCUACGUGUUCCACGCGUUCCUCAGAAUCUUCGUUCUGGUGAUAUUGUUUGGCAUAUGGCACGGAUUAUUCCUGCUGCCAGUGAUACUGAGUACAAUCGGCCCGCGAAGCCUGCGAUCGUACAAAUCGAAGCAGCCUUCGUCGCAGAAGCAUGAGGAGGCGAUGGACACGGUGACCAGUCCGCUGAACAAAGAGCCGGAAAGUUAAAAAGAAUGCACGACCAGAUAGUCGAUUCUUUAUCAAUAAUAUUUAUUUUUGGUUCAAUAAACAUACAAAAUUAUUACACUAUCCGUACUAUUAAUCACACAUUUAUACAAAAAUAAUAAUAAUAAUAAAGAUCGGAUAACUUAAAAA